AUGAGCUACAAUCCGUAUCAGAAUCAAUACGUACCACCUCCUAUUCCAACACCUAGUGCUUUUUAUCCACCGCCUCCCUAUCCAGCACCUGGUGGAUACUGUCCAACACCUUCUUUUCCUGGUCCUGGUGGUUUCUGUCCACCACCACCACCACUCCCACCGGUCUUUCCUUCAGGUCCAAGUUAUUAUCAACAUGGAGGACACUAUGAAUGUGUACCUCCUCCUGUUUGGCCACUACCUUCGCAUCAUCAUCAUGAUUUUCAUCAUCAUCAUCACCAUCAUGGACAUCAUUGA